GCCAAAACCUCUCUGUACCUUCAGCAUACAUCCAAGAGAAAAAGGAGGGUCCUUUUUUCCCAGGCCCAAGUGUAUGAACUUGAGAAAAGAUUUGAACAGCAGAAAUAUCUUACAGCCCCAGAGAGGGAACAGCUAGCCAAACAUAUCCACCUUACUCCCAAUCAGGUGAAAAUUUGGUUCCAGAACCAUCGCUACAAAAUGAAAAGGCAAGGCAAAAACCGAGAUCAUCCUACAGAGGAAGGAGCCAAAGCCUACAACAUAGACUCAGAAGAGGUGAAGGUGACCUGCACUAGUCCAUGCACUUCCAUGGAAGAUUAUAGCGAUGUGAAGCUGGACUACAAGGCCUCCAUCCAAGAACAACUCCAAGGUCAUAGUUUGUUUUUGGGACAGGACUUUCUUAGCUCUCCUUCAGAUAUCCAUGAAUUUGAUAAAUCGUCUCGGAAUAUUGUCUUCAAGCCUUGGUGA